CGCUAAUUUAAUUCAAUCUGUUUUGCACACGAUUUGGAAAUAGGAAGAAGCCAAAUCCAAUCCUGCUCGCAGGGGUACUCAGAAGCCAAAUUCAAUUUGCAUCGCUAGUUAUUGAACAUUUUUUUGGCGGGUGGUGUUUACACUGCACAAUGGCAUUCCCAACAAACGAGGUUUCGGCUACCACUAAUGAUGUUGACACUGUUUUGUACGAAAUAUGUGAAGUGCUCAAAGCCCAGGAAGACAGAUAUAAUGGUGUGGUUGUUGACAUUGGGAAUAUGCAAAACGAUGCUACUCGUUUUGCAGCUUCGCUCAGGGCAUCACUUUCUCAUUGGGCACGCCAGGGAAAGAAGGGGGUGUGGAUUAAAGUGCCCAAGGGCCAGGCGAAGCUAGUCCCCGUUGCGAUUGAGGUGGGAUUUUGGUAUCACCAUGCUGAGCCUUCAUAUGUGAUGUUAGUGUAUUGGAUCCCUCAAUCUCCUCCUACCAUCCCUGAUAAUGCCUCACAUCAAGUGGGAAUUGCAGCUUUUGUAUUCAACGAGGAGGGACAGGUUCUAGUAGUUCAGGAAAAGUGUGGACCUUACAAAGAUUCUGGGUUGUGGAAGAUGCCAACAGGAAGGAUUAACCAGGGGGAAGGCAUUAAGGAAGGGGCCAUAAGAGAAGUUCACGAAGAAACAGGGAUUGAUGCAGAAUUCGUAGAAGUGGUUGGCUUCAGGGAUGGUCACAAUGCCCCUUUCGGAAAAUCGGAUAUGCUCUUCGUGUGUAUGUUGAGAUCCGUUUCUUCUAAUAUUGUGGUGCAAGAUACCGAAAUUUCUGCAGCCAAGUGGAUGGCGAUAGAAGAAUUUGUAUCUCAACCUAAAAAUCAGCAAAGCAAACUUUUAAAAGAUAUGAUCGGCGUGUGUGUUGCCAACGUCAACGGACGAUGUAAAGGAUUUUCAGGCAUUGGGAUAUCGUCUAACUCGCGCAAACCCUCUGCAUUCUACUGCAAUGCCCUCUAUUCUCAAUAAUUUAUCGCCAAACCGAAGAACAAAGCUAGAAUGGAUGCCAGGCACUCACUUUAAUACAUCCAUCCUAGUUAGGUCUAGAAAUUGCUCGCACGUUGCAUAAGGAGGUGCAAUGAUUACCUCAGAGAAUAUUAUGUUUAACAUGU